AUGGGCGCAGAUGGCAAAAUGAUCAACAAUACUGGCCUAAAAACUGUAGAAUCAAAUAAAUGUACGAAGUUAAACUGCGACGAACAAGAAAUUCCACCCAUUCAUUGCUGUCCGGUAUGUGUCAACGUUAACUUCUAUGAACAAGCUAAUUCUUGUGAUCCGAAUGCCAUUUGCAACAACAGCAAUUACGGAGCAGAAUGCCAAUGCAAAAUGGCCCUAAGAGUUAUCUCAUUUUUUUAA